CAAUUUGGCUGUUACUAGAUCCACACUAGCUGAUGAAAUGGAUAUUGGAUUUUGAAACCAUUGGUACCACCAAUUUGAAAGAUGUGCGUUAUGCUUCAAUGAACCCUAAGGCCGAUCAAGAAGAAAUUUUAGAGGAGUGUUUAUGCGCGGUUAGGCAGUAUGCGUGCCAAAUGGAAUGCUCUCUGGAAAAACGACAUUUGGUCGACGCUAUACAACAUGCUGCCAAUAUGCUCCUAGAGAUGAAAAAUUAUUUAUUGUCACCGAAAGCAUACUAUGAGUUAUAUAUUGUUGUUACGGACAAACUACGUACUCUGGAAUCCUACCUUGUCGAAGAACACAAAAGUGGACGCAAGGUUUCAUAUUUAUACGAAACGGUUCAAUACGUUUCAAGUGUCCUUCCUCGAUUGUACUUACUUAUUACUGUUGGAGUUUAUCAUAUUAAAUGUUCCGAUCUGUCGCGUCGUGAGAUUCUCCGUGAUUUAGUAGAAAUGUGUUCUGGUGUACAACAUCCUACAAGAGGUCUUUUCUUGAGGAGCUAUCUAUUACAAUCACUAAGAAGCGAUCUUCUGCCAGAUACUGAGGACUUAUCAUCAACUCAUGUAGCCGUAAAUGCAGUGGAAGGUGGGGAUAACGAGAAUAGUGGUAAAUUACCACUGGAUGAAAAUAAGUUGGAUACUAAUAAUAAUGAUAAUAAUAACAAAAAUAAUAAUGAUAAUGAACAGAAGAUUAGUCAAAAGUCAACUCCUGUGUACUUGCAAGGAACAAUUACUGAUAGUAUUAAUUUCCUAUUAUUCAAUUUUUCGGAAAUGAAUAAACUUUGGGUACGAAUGCAACACCAAGGACAUACUAGAGACCGUGAAAAGCGAGAACAAGAACGCCGAGAAUUGCGUCUACUUGUUGGUGCGAAUUUGAAUCGAUUAUCUCAACUGGAAUCAAUUGAUGUUGGGCGUUAUAAAACACAAGUUCUGCCGCCAAUUUUGGAACAGAUUAUUGAAUGCCGUGAUGUUAUCGCACAAGAAUAUCUCAUGGAUGUGAUCAUACAGGUUUUUCCUGAUGAAUUUCAUUUGGCCACCCUACCUUUAUUGUUACGUACUUGUAAUCACUUACAAGCUGGUGUCAAGCUGAAGCCGAUUAUUUGCAGUCUUAUUGAUCGUUUGUCUAAACAUGUAGCUACUGAAUUAGAAGCUGGACGUGAAUUAAAAAUUGAAGUAUCACAUAAUCAUUAUUCACCAAUUAAUAAAAAGAAAACUUUUCAUAAUAAUAAUAAUAAUAUCAACGGUAAUGAAAAUCAUGGCAAUGGUUCUUCUUCUAAUCAUAGUGAUGAAGACAUAAAUUUAUCAACAUGUCAUGAUGAUCAAUCAACAACAAACUCUAAUAAUCAAGAGGAGAAAAUACAUGAAAUGGAUACAAUUACAGCAUCUACUGUGGCUACUUCCACUGAUAUUAAUGCACCAUCCACUGCUAAUCAUCGAUUGUCAACUACGACGACGCCGGCAACAACCACAACGGAUCUUUUCUCUUUAUUCUUCUAUGAAAUUAAUCAAAUUAUUCGUACACGUUUAACAUUAUGUGAAUUAACAUUGAAUAAUUUACAAUUAGCCUCGUCUAAUAUGAAAACUCGUCCUACAUUACAAACUGCCGCAAUGAUGAAUGGUUUACCAUUGGAAGAUAUUCCAGCAUUCUAUUCCGUUUUAGUUUAUUUAGUAAUGAUAAUUCGUCCAAAUAAUUGUUCUUCUCUAAUUGAUAUUUGUUUAAAUGCUACAGCCGAUGCAUUGAAUCAUAUUGGUCUAGUUCUGAUACCAUCAGGGUCCUCAUUGUCACGUGAUUUACUUCGCCUGCUUUAUCUACCAUUGGACGGUUCAUUUCCUCAAUCAAUGAGUGGUGCUCAUCGUUCAAGUGCACCGGUAACAGCACUUUGUGAUCUACGCACUGUACUAGGAAUGUCCGGAUUUCGACGUUUAGUUUCAUUAUUAGAUCCAAAAACUACCAAAUGUCGAUUAGCCUAUGACCUAUUGAAUGCUGCUUUGGAACAUGAUCAACGUCAAGUGCUGCAAUAUACUCACAGUAAUAACAAACAUGAUUCAAAUAGAAAUUCGUCAUCACCAUGUGCUUACUUGUCGUCACGUUUAACUACUGAAGAAGAUUUAGACAAUUUAUUUGAAUUGAUUGAUGGAUUACUCACAACUGAUCCGAAUGCAUGUCAAGAUCCGAGUGAAUUUGUUGAAGCACAAAGUUUAGUCGCUGGUAUGCUGCAUAUUCUAGGACCAAGUCCUAAAAGCCUAGAUCCAGAUAUGUGUUUUAAAUUGCUUACAAAAGCUCAAUUACGUUUAGAACAAGCUGGACAUGCAGUUGUUCGUUUCAAUUUCCCUGCAUUGGUAUUUCAGAGUCUUCAAUUAAUACAAACAUAUCAUGAAUUACGUGGUCAAAAUUCCAAUUGGGAAGAAAAUGUUACAAAUGUUGUGCGAUUUUGUCAUCGUUGUUGCACGUGUUUAGUUGCGGCGGAUGCCUCGGAAUCAGCUUUACGAUUAUUUGUGUACUCAGCAUUGGUGAUUGAUAAAAUACACUUUACAAAUCAAGAAUCAAUGAUAUAUGAGUUUAUUUCACAAGCGCUUACACUUUAUGAAGAAGCUGUUUCAGAUUCUCAUGCACAAGUUGAAGCAAUUGCACUAAUUACUAGUACUUUAUAUCAAAUUACUUGUUUCACUGGUGAUAAUCAAUGCACCUUACGUACUCAAUGUACACGAGCUGCAACACGUCUCUUACGUAAACAUGAUCAAUGUCGAGCAGUUUGUGCAAGUACAUAUUUAUAUUGGCCAAGUAAACCGUUAAUUAGGCAAGGAAUUAAACCAAGUCUACUUAUCCCUGUGACAGACAAUAAUCCGGAGAUUUCAACUUAUGCAAAAUUAACUGAAGCUGAAGAAUUACCCGAUGAAUAUUACAAUAAAUUACGUGAUCCAAAAGGUGUGAUUUCUUGCCUAGAUCGAGCGGCUCGCUUUGCCAAAGAAUGUAUGGACGCUGCUGUUCGUGCACAAUUAUUCAUUGAUAUUCUUAAUUUAUCUGUCAAUCUCCGUUUGUCUGGUUGCAAACAAAUUAGUGAUGACCGAAUAAAUGACAUAAUCAAUGAGAUUAGAAAUUUAUUUGAAAGUUUAGAACCAUCUCCUGUUACUGAUCAUAUAACAGUACAUUUUAAGAAUACUUUGAAUUAUAUACGCUAUGAACAACAGAUUGCCGCUACUACUUCUGUCAACAAUACUGUUGAUACUGAUCCCGAUGUUCAGUCAUUAAGUAACAAACUAUUUGCAUCAGUUCAAUUACAUUGACAGUAUCAUACUGUUUACCCUACUACAUAAUAUGUCACAAUUUAGUGCAAAAAAAGCUGACAAUUUCAACACUUCGACUGCUGUCCACUAGUCUCGAAGGAUCUUGUGUUUCUUCUUUACGUUUUCUGUGUACUUUCAUCGUGUUUUAGGGCAGGAAGAAAAGCAAAUAAAUUAAAAGAUGACAAUCCAGAUUAUUUCGACGCAUCAGUUUGAUUUAUUUGAUCAUUUUUACAUGUUACUGAAAUCUUUCUCCCUUUGUUCUGCUCUAUGUGUAUGCUCCUGAUGUACACACACACACACAAACAAACAAAUCCUCACGUAUAUAAACGGUGAUUUAUAGCUUCUCAAAUUGUGUAAUAAAUUGCAUUUUGAUUUCUCUUAAUUUCAAAACAAUUAUGUAAAUUUUACUUACUACUGUGUGACAAUGAAAUUGUGCUUCUAUUCUAAAUUUUUGACAAAUUUAUGUUGUCUUACCAUCAAAUGAUUAUUAUUAUUUCUAAACUUUUUUUCCUUUUUCUGUCUGAAUACGAUUAUUUCUAUUUAAAUUAGUUGUUAUAUAAAAAAAGAUAAUCUCAAUUUGAUGUUACUUAAUAGAUUGAUGAUUUGAUUUUGACAAAAAAGAAGCUGGU